UAAAAACAAAAAAUUUAUUAUAAUUGGAGUUAGAUAUUGGAAAUAGAUACGUGGAUAGAUUCAAAAUUAUUAAUAUUCGAUAUUUAUUUGUGCAAUUCUUCUAAUCGCCAAUUUAUUCAAUAUAGAAGCUCAAAAAAAUUGAUUUAUUUAUAGUCGCAUCUCCGCAACGCCCAAGCCAAGAAUAUGAAUGGAUGGAAAUAAAUUAUGAAAAUAACGUUAAAUCUCCAGCAAAGAUUCUUUCCAAGCAAAAGCUUCAAGAUCUCAUUAAACUAGUGGACCCCAAUGAGCAAUUAGAUGACGAGGUUGAAGACAUGUUAAAACAACUAUCUGACGAAUUUAUAGAAGAUAUUAUCUCGAAUUCUUGCAUAUUAGCUAAACAUAGAAAAUCGACCAUUCUCGAAGUCAGGGAUGUUCAGUUAUACCUCGAAAAAAAUUGGAAUAUUUCGAUACCUGGUUUUGCAGCAUCUCUUAAUAAUUCGGCGGAUGACUUCUCUCGUCAACAACAAUUUGCUCAACAACAGACUAAACGUAUUAAAAUGAGUAUGGAGGCCCACAAACAACGUAUGGCUAUCAUCAAAAGGGCUCUUAAAAAAUCUUGAAUUUUUACAUGUAUAUUAUAAUUUCUUAUACCAUUGUAUUUAAAAAAUAUAUAUUUCGCGAGUUAGAAUUUUAUUCUUUUUUUUAUACAAGACGGAGGACCAAUAUUGUAAAGUAUUAAUUUAAUAUAUAAUUAUAAUAUUAAAUUUAUUAUUUUACAAUCAUUUUUCAUGUUUCUGCCUCUGAUAUAUAAAUAAUAACAGCUAAGAGACUGACCUAAAUUGGUUACACUUGCCUUAA